AUAGUUAGUUUAAAUCUUCCGUUCAUAUAUUCAAAUAAUAAAUUUCUUCGAUAUCCAGAGCCAUGUGCUACGUCAAUGAUUUCUGCUCAUAUUUUGCGAAGCGCUCUCCGACGAAGUUCGUGCAGAUAGUUCAUCCACUCUCGACAAUCUUUGUGCUGGCGGGAAUCGUAUACUUUUUCUCAGUGCAGAUGUUCUUUAUUGCCCCGAAAGUGUACAAGGGAAUGGGAUACAUGCUCUACUGGAUCCUGGCCAUCUUCAUAACGCAUAACAUCCUGGGCAACUGGCUGGCUUGCUAUAGAACAAGCUCGUCGGUGGAAAGUUUGCCCAAGGAAGCCCAAGUUCCGGUUCCAGAGGAGGAGCACCUGUGGCGAUUUUGUGACACCUGUAAGAAGCUAAUGCCUCCGAGAUCGUGGCACUGUGGAUUGUGUAAAUGCUGCAUUUUGCGACGGGAUCACCACUGCAUCUUUACAUCCACUUGCAUCGGACACAAUAACCAGCGAUAUUUCCUUUGGUUCUUAUUCCAUUUAUCAUUUGCCUUGGUCGUGAGCCUGGUCACCUUCUGCAUUUACUUGAAUAGGACUCACUGCAAUACGCUUCUCUACCCGGAAAUGUAUUCGCAUUUCCUUUUGUAUUUCAUUUGCGAUGCGCAGCCCGACAAAUCAAAAGAAAGUUUAUUUGAGACUGUGGCCUACCUUCUAAUUUUUCUGGCCGGCCUUAUGCCUGGCUUCAUGCUGGCCUAUCAAAUUCAGAUUCUAUGCCUUAACGCUACGUACAAUCAAAUAUACGAGCUUGUCUACGAUUUGGGUUUCCUCAGGAACUGCAAGGUUAUUAUGGGCCAACGAGGUCUCUGGACAUUCAUCUCGCCCCUCUUGAAGAGUCCUUUGCCCCACGAUGGCACAAAGUGGGAGAUGAAGAAGGAAUCCAAUUGAAGUAGUCGAUGUCCUACAGUAUGUCACACAUCUACAUUAUAUCUACAAGAUAUCUAAA